AUGAUGGAUGAGCAGCAGCCGUCGCAGCAGCCGUCGCAGCAGCAGCAGCCACCAGCAGAGGUGUGCGUGACGGACCUGCCUGGUGAGUUGCUUUCGUCGAUCCUGUGGCUGGCUGGGAACGUGUAUGUGAUCGACAGCGUGUAUGCGAAAGUGUGCCGGGCCUUUUACCAUGCAGCACGCACCCGCCCGCUGCGCAGUCUCGUCCGCAAGCGACUUGCCCUCGACUUUGUUCAGAUCCAGGACGAGUUUGACAUUGUCAUCUCGCCGGAAGGGUUUGGACGCUUAUUGCAGCGCAUGCCGUUCAUUGAACACAUUCGAUUCACGUCAGAGCUGCCAGAGGACAUUGAAACCUUGGAGAGCACGUCUGUAGCCGGUGAGUUCUCGUCAUCCGACGUCGCGCAUCUCUUCGCGUCGCUGCAGAUGGCAGACUUCAGCUACAUGCGCUUUGAAUCCGUGCGUCUUGCUGAGUUUGCGGCUGCGGCGACGCAGCUGCGGUAUCUUGACUUGGACGAGAACAUGGUGGAUGAGGCCACGGCCAUUGCCUUCGCAUCCGGCUGCCCAAACCUCACAUUCGUCUCCCUGGAUGGGCAGGGUCAGGGCGACGCGCUGGUGGCGGCCCUGGCCAACAACUGCCCGCACGUGCGCUAUCUUUGCAUCCGGUUCUGUGAUGAAAUGACGGACAACGCAUUCAAGUCCCUGCAGCAGUUGCGCAAUUUGGAGUGGCUGUGCAUGAAGAAGGCGUUUGAUGUGUCACCGCAAGCCGUCAUGGACUUUUUUUCCAGCGGCGCCGCGCAGCACUUGACACGCAUUGAUCUCACCGAAUGCAACAACCUCUCAAAUGAAGACACCUGCACACUCACGAUGCUGUGCUUGAAGCAGUGCAAUCUCAUCGAUGACAGAAUGGUGUACGAAUACAACAAGGCGCGGCCAGAGCUGACGAUUAUUGAGUAUUUUGGACAGCGGCUGAUGUCCGCGAGCGAGGAGCAGAUGUUUGAAGACAAUCUUGGAUACUUCACCAUGAGCAUUUUCGAAGACUUCCCAGACAUGUUCAGUGACGAUGCCCUGCCUUACCUCAUGCCCGCUGAAUAG